AUGCGUUCCUUCAAUCUCUUUGCGGUCUUGGGCUUUUACGGUGCGACUUCGCUUGCCUAUGACGGAGACGAGCUUUCUGGAAUCCAGGCCCAGGCAAUCGAAGCUCUGCAAGCGGCGGAGGGGAACGGUACCUUUGGCAAGAGAGGCUCAUGCAACCUCUUCAGCGCGCGUGUUCGACGAGAUUGGAACUCGCUUUCUGGAUCCGAGAAAAAGGCUUACACCAGCGCCGUCAAUUGCCUAUUGACGAAGCCUUCCAAGCUUACCGAUUUUGCUCCCGGCGCUCGCAGCCGGUAUGACGACUUUGUUGCUGUUCAUAUCAACCAGACCUUAAGCAUUCACGGAACUGGCAACUUUCUUACAUGGCAUCGUUACUUUAUAUGGGCCUACGAGAAUGCUUUGAGGCAGGAAUGCGGUUACAAAGGGUACCAGCCGUACUGGAACUGGCUCUCCUACCGAGAAGAUCCAUCCAAGGCGCCCAUGUUCGAUGGUAGCGAGACCAGCAUGGGUGGCAAUGGUGCCUUCAAAUAUCAUAACGGAAGCAUAUCGGGUGGUGUUUACAUCCCCUCUGGAGAUGGAGGUGGUUGCGUUACAAGCGGCCCUUUCGCCAACAUGACCGUUUAUCUUGGCCCUGUCGGGCCCGGUAUCGAUGGACUCGCCGCCAACCCUGGCGGUCCCCUUGCCUACAAUCCUCGCUGUCUCUCCAGAGACAUCAGCGCUUGGACAUCCCGGCAUUGGAUGACUCCUGAGAACGUCUUCAACCUUACCAUAGGGGCCGCUGCAGCGAACGUCCUCACGUUCCAAAACGAGCUUCAAGGUCGCUUUGGUGAUGGAUUUCUGGGCACGCAUACUUCUGGACACAUGAUUGUCAAUGGGGAAGCGUCUGACUUGUACUCUUCCACCAAUGACCCGACUUUCUUCCUCCACCAUGCCAUGGUCGACCGAGUCUACUGGCUGUGGCAGGCGCUUCAUUUUGGCGAGGCUUUCAACAUUGCGGGAACGAUUACAAUCCUGAACACACCUCCCAGCCGCGACGCUCGCCUCGAUGAUCUCGUGAUCCAGGAGCCGAAUGCUGCCAACCGGCCUAUUAGUGACUUGCUCAGUACACUCGGAGGUAGCCCUUUCUGCUACAUCUAUCUCUAG